AUGCAACUCAAGCAUACUGUGGUUAAUCAGCUAUGCACCAAAGGUUUCAAUGCAGCCCUCUGCAAAUCCAAGUGGCAGAGAAUACAUAACAUACCAGGAGGGACUCACGAAUACAUUGAAGUACUCGUGAGCACGAAAUCAAGAAGCAAGCACGUGAAGUUCGUGGUAGAAUUAGGGUUCCAGGACGAGUUCAAGAUGGCAAAAGCCUGUGAUGAGUACAACAAACUGACCGAUCAGCUGCCCGAAAUCUACAUAGGCAAAACCGAACACAUGAAUGCCGUGAUUCGUGUGGUUUGUGAUGCGGCCAAGAAGUCAGCCAAGGAGAGAAAGAUACAUCUGGGGCCGUGGAGAAAGAGGGACUUCAUGGAAAUGAAAUGGAGAGAAAGUAAGGAGACGAAGCCCUUCAAGGAGGCCGGAUUUCUCAGCGUGAAGUGGUCGGGUUCACUCCUUCUAAACACGGGGAUUCUUUCAUACUUCAUAUUUCAUACGUCUAGUUAG